ACUGGAAACAAAUUCAUCUAUUAUUAUGUCUGAACGUAUAUCUUGUCUAAUAAAUUAUGGUGCAGAAUAUUAUGACAGAUUGGACGUACUAUUUGGAUCCAACAAAGCAGCAAUAACCACAACUGGCAAUCAAAACAUCAAGAAAGCUCUGGCAAAAUUAAAACAAAACCCAUUGCAUGAACUACGUGUUUUAGCAAUUGGUAGCGCGACAGGAUCGAUAGACGAAGGCAUCAUUGACACUCUUUGUGAAAAGUAUUCUAAGAUAGCAAAUACAGUCAUAGAACCUGCGUUAAGUGGAAUAGAUGAUUUUAAAGAGCGUGUGAAAACACAUCAAGAUAAAUGGUCUGGAGUCACUUUUGACUUCCGGGGGCAAACUAUUGAGGAUUAUCUAGAAAAGUUGGAUGAACUUCAAAAAUAUGACGUCAUUCAUGCAUUACAUUGCGUGUAUCACUUCGCAGAUCCACGUAAUAGUCUGGUUACUCUGUACGGGAUGCUGGAUACAAAUGGUUUAUUUAUAAUAAGAGCUAAUACAGGACACUGGGAAGAUUGCGCAUUGAAAAUCGGCGAAUACUACCACGACCCACGUAGCCAUUACAUAGGGACAAAGUAUAUUAAGACAUUGUUGCGUUCAGCUUUACCAUCUGCAAAUAUAGAGUCUUACUACACCGAAUCACCACUGAACGUGAGCGAUUGCUUCAAUGACGACUCCGUAGAUGGGAAUAAAAAAAUUGAUUUCAUCUUCCAGGUUUUGAAUUUUCGUCAAAGUCUACCUCCUGAAAAACAGCAGAUUUUUCUCGACUUUUUGAAAAAAUGCUGCAAUGAGGAAAACGGUGAGAUGAUCUUCAACAAACAAGAUGAAGAUUUGGUUAUUUAUUAA